AUGGAGCCGGGGAACAAUAACAAGAAGGAACUAUUCUCAUGUGCCAUGAGAGGGAAAUGGGAGGAGGUCAUUGAUAUGUACAAGCAAGAUGAGGGGCUUCACAAGGCCAGAAUUACUCGCUCAGGACACACUGCUUUGCACGUAGCAGUCGCUGAUGGGAAGGAGCACGUGGUGAAGCAGAUGGUCCACGCCAUGUCCGCGAAUGAAGAGGAACGCAAAAAGGCUCUGCGAACUGCUAAUAAGAGAAACAACACUGCCUUGCAUGUAGCGGCUGUCAUGGGCAAUGCCAGGAUAUGUCACAUCAUUGCUAGCGUGGAGCCUACCUUAGUUGAUGAUCGGAACGUUGACGGCGAGACGCCUCUCUUCUUCGCCGCUCUCCAUGGCAAAAAGCAUGCUUUUCUUUGCCUUCAUCACAUCAGAAACCCUAACAUCAGUGCUGAUCCCUUCCUUGGUAACUGUAGAAGGAAAAACGGGGACACCAUCCUUCACGCUGCAAUUAAUGGUCUUGCAUUUCAGAUAAAUCAUCUGUAUGAAGAGCUUGCGAAUUGGAUGAACGAGGAAGGAUGCUCUCCUCUGCAUUUGCUAGCAUCAAAGACGUGUGCUUUCAGAAGCGGAAGCCGCCUUGGACUGCUGGAAACCAUCAUCUAUCACUGUAUUUAUCUUGAGAAGCUUAAGGCCGUAGAAAAUCUUGAAGAUGAAUGUCGGAAAAGCACAAGUGCAGCUGAGGACAUUGAUAGCCACGCUUGUCCUGACAACUACAAUAUAUUUCGGGAAGCUUACGGGCAAAUAAAAAAAGCGGUGAAAGUUGGUGUGUACUUUUACGUUCGAAUCUUACACACCAUCUUAUUGCGCAAUAUUUCUAAACCUGUUGAAAGAGACACGGAAGAUCCAGGAGCGGGAGGAUCACGAGAAGAUGGAGGUCAGGCAAAUCCGUUAUUUCCUGAUAAUUACCAAACCUGCUGCGAUUUGGUUAAGUUUUUUUAUCUGGUAAUUGGGACAAUUUUCGGGAAAGGAUAUGAACCAUUGAGGAAUAUAUAUCGAAUAAAGGAGAACCACACAUGGUCUGUCCAGAUAGUCGAACAACUUCUUCAUGACGCUCCCUCGUAUGAGUACGAGAAUGAUGGGAGAAGCCCCCCAGAAGACGAACGCAGCAAUAUGACGUCGUCACGCGAUGACACCCAUCCAGCAUCGAUCAAACCCAGCAGCGCCAAGGACAAAGGUAACGAUGAGCGGAAUCCAACAAGGAUGACAACGGAGACUCCUAUAUUACUGGCUGCAAAGAACGGUGUGAUGGAAAUAAUAGAGAAAAUUUUGGAGUUGUUUCCCGUGGCCAUUUACGAUCUAAAUGAAGAUAAGAAGAACAUAGUGCUACUGGCAGCUGAACACAGCCAACCUAAAGUGUAUCAGUUCUUGCUGAAGAAGAAUAUUUACAAAGAGAGCCUAUUCCAUCAGGUGGAUGAGGAUGAAAACAGCGCGUUGCACUUGGCAGCCUCACUUCGUGACGACGAACAUUGGCUCAUCCCUGGCGAAGCUCUUCAAAUGCAAUGGGAACGCAAGUGGUACAGGUUCGUGAAAGAGACAACGCCGCCUGAUUUCAUGGGCCGACACAACAGGAAGAACGAAAACCCAGACGUUGUCUUCACCAGAACUCACAAGGACCUCCAAAAAAGGGCCGCCGAGUGGCUGAACAAAACCUCAGAAUCAUGCUCGCUGGUAGCCGCACUAAUUGCCACGGUGGCCUUUGCCACAGCAGCCACCGUGCCCGGCGGAGUCAAUCAAGAAACAGGCCAACCAACACUUGAAGGUGAGUCAGAAUUCCAACUGUUCGCCAUCUCAUCACUCAUAGCCCUGGGCUUCUCCAUCACGGCACUGGUGAUGUUCCUAUCUAUACUCACUUCUCGAUUUCAAGAGCAAGACUUUGACAAAGUCUUGCCCAGGAAGUUGCUGAUAGGUUUGACUUCCUUGUUCGUGUCGAUUGCUUCCAUGUUGGUGUCAUUCUGUGCGGGACAUUUCUUCGUGCUCAAGGAUACACUCCAUUAUCUUGCUCUUCCAAUAUAUGUGGUGACUUGUCUCCCCGUGACUCUUUUUGUUUUGGCACAAUUUCCACUCUACAUUGAUCUUUUAUGUGCAACCUUUAAGCAUGUUCCCAAAAGCAGUGGCAGGCCCAUAUCGCUUGACGUCAAUGGCCGGCCAAUAAAGUAG